AAAAAAAAAUUGAUCAUUUUAACAUUCUCUCAAAUUUUUGACUACCCUCAUGUUUUUGGCAAGUGGCAGAAAUUUUAACCUUUUUCUGAGAGCUUUUGCAUAUACAAGCUCAAUAUGCUUACUUUUCCUUGCUUGCUCCCUGAAGCAAGUGCAUGUAACCCUAUUACAGCUAAGUAGAUUUUGUGUCCAAGGUGAUGAGCCAAUUACCUGGAUUUUCCCAGUUUCUCCCUGGGACUUCCCUGAGCCAAAUGAAUUUUUCCAUAAAGUGGGUAGGGGUAAAGUCAAAUAGGUUUUCUUUAUGGUGGUGUUUCUCAGCUGUUUAUUAGCUUUAGAAAUUUUUCAAAGUUUUGUUGUUGUUGUUGCUUUAGGAAUCUUUGAGAAGGGGAUUUGAUCUGAAGCUUUUUCUCAGCCAGAAUAUGGAAUAUGUAGGCACCUGGUACUCAGAACCAUGAUAGGAAGUGUUGAUCCAAACAAGGCCUCUCCAACUCUUUGCCUCUUGACAUAGGACCACAAAUGCUAAGGGGGUUUGGACUUGAUCUAAUGGGAAACCUUGAAGAGAACUAAUGGUGUAGUAACAGAUUUGCAGUUUAGGAAAAAUGCUCAAGCUACAGUGGGGAGUGAUAGAUAACAAACAGAUGUAAGUAGAGGGAACAAGAGGUUAGGGGGCUACUUCUAUAAACUGUGUCCACUGUGCUGACCCCCACAUUCUUUUUUCUUUUAAUUUUUUUAGUUGUAGAUGAACACAAUACUUAUUUUUAUUUAUUUAUUUCUAUGCGGUGCUGAAUUGAACCCAGUGCCUCACACGUGCUAAGCAAGUGCUUUACCACUGAGCUGCAACCCCAGCCCACAUGCUUUCUUUUAAAAAGUAAUUUACCGCUUCCCUGCCUUCGCCGCUACCACCACUGAACCCCGACCCUUACCCAGGCCUGGUCCUAGUCACCAUGACUAACAUGUACUCCUUGGAUGGGAUUCAGGUAUUUGGUUUGCUCUUUGUUUGCACCUGUGCCUACUUCAAGAAAGUACCUCGUCUCAAAACCUGGCUGCUAUCAGAGAAGAAGGGAGUUUGGGGUGUGUUUUACAAAGCUGCUGUGAUUGGAACCAGGCUGCAUGCUGCUGUGGCAAUCGCCUGCAUUGUAAUGGCCUUUUACAUCUUGUUUAUAAAAUGAAUCACAAAACAUCCAACUCAUCAACUGCCAACCAAGGGGACAGGGGUGAAGAACCUGUUGGAGGCCUGGACCCAGUGUAGGAGAGUUCAGCCAAAAACAUCAAAGUCCCCAGGAUGACAUCACAGCAUCUGCCCUUGCCAUAUGUGAGGAAAACUCUUCGUGGUCACGGAUGUUAUUUAUGCUUCAGGAGACUCCAGAAAGCCAACUUCCUUUGAUCUGUGUGUAAAUCGGCCCUCAGCAGUGAACAUAUAAUGUCCAGUUUAAUUAUACCCAUCGGUAAUAAGAUUACAUACCUCCUGCUUUUUAAAAACUUAUCACCUGGUCUGGGGUUUAUAGCUCAGUGGUAGAGCAUUUGCUUAGCAUGUGUGAGGCCUUGGGUUCAAUCUUCAGCACUGCAAAAAACAAAAAUAACACCAACAUGUCACCUAUUUUGUUCUUCAACCCCUUAUCAGUAUCUUUUCAAACUGAGGUUUAUAGGGAAGGACACAGGCUGUGUUCAGACCUCUUAGAAGGAGAGAUAAUUUUCCAGACUUGACUCUUUUUCACUGUUUAAU